AUGAAGAACAAAAAAUUGUCAACCCACCAGAGCGGGAACAAGAAACAUCACUCAUGCGAAACAUUGAAUCUUUUGACCGGAGAUACUAUCCUAAAGGCCAUGGAUGGGAAAUUGGUUACUGCACUGAUUCUAAUAGAUCUAUCUAAAGCUUUCGACAGUGUAAAUCCUACUUUUCUCCUUACAAAACUUAGCAACGUCGGGGCUUCUCCAAGCGUUGUAAAAUGGUUUGAGAGUUACUUGACCGGAAGAACUCAAUCAGUCAGAAUUGGAUCAGCUGUGUCUACUCCUCUCCCUGUUUCUUAUGGUGUACCACAGGGUGCAAUUUUAUCACCUUUACUUUUUAGUAUUUAUACUAACGAUUUGCCCUCAUCAGUCCACCAUAGUAAACUUGAAUCGUACGUGGACGACUCCAAGAUAUUACUAUCUUUCACUGUGGCUAACGUGGACUGUUUAAAGCAACAACGUGAGGAAGACUUGUAUUUGAUUGCAAACAGUUGUUCCGAAAAUGAAUUGCUUAUUAACCCGGGAAAGACCAAAUACAUGCUGAUUGGCACACGGCAAACCCUACAACAACUUCCCGUAGAUAUGACCAUAAACUUCCUCAACGAGACUAUUACCCCCGUCUCCUUUGCCAAAGAUGUAGGAAUGACAAUCGACUCUUAUUUGACAUAUGACCAGCACAUCACCAACCUGGUUUCCUCAUGUAUGAAUUCCCUGUGCCAAAUAAACCGAGUCAAAAAUGUUUCGAUAAAGAAGCUUUAA